UAAGGCCUCGCUGGGUUUCCUCCACGCUGAGUGGCUCAUCCGUCCCCACCGCACGGCUGCGGGGGGCUAUAAAGGUGCAGGGUGGGACACGGGGCUGUCACCUACACUGGGGGACAACAUGGCCGCUGCUUUCAUCGUGCUGCUGGCCGUGGGGGCUGCCGUGCAGGUGGCAGUGACUGAGCUGCCCCAUGACGACCACCAGGAUGUGGCCACUCAGAGCCACGAGGAACAGCUAUGGCACCUGCUCCAGGAUGGCUCAGCCGCGUGGGACGCGGACGAAGAGGACACAAUGGGACCGAUCAAGGGGAUUAAAUGCAGCGUCUGCACAAGCCUGGUGAAGAAGCUGAAGAAGAUUGUGGGCGAUGACCCCGAUGAGGAUGCCAUCAACACGGCGCUGAACAAGGUGUGCAGUAUUGGGAAGCGCCAGAACCGUAUCUGCAAGCAGCUGGUGAAGAAGUUCCGGCAGCAGCUCAGUGAUGCGCUGCAAGAAGACGACGAUCCCCAAGCCGUGUGCACCACCCUGGGGCUGUGCAAGGGCUGAGCGCGGCCAGAGCCCACAUCCUGUACCCCACAUCCCGUGACAGAGCCCCACAUCCUGUGUGCAGACCCCACAUCCUACGUGAGGACCCUGAAACACAGACCCACAGCCCCGUCCCAGUCUCCCUCCCAGUCCCCGUUCCCAUGCAAUAAAGCCGCUCACCUCUGCCAUCGC